AGCACAUCACAAGCGUUGAUUGAAACAGGUGUGAUACAAAGCGCAACAAACAGAAAUAGUUGUAGUGGACGAGAUCCGGCGAGGCUCGUCGGAUUUCGCCCAUUUUUGUCCCGAGCUUCGCAUUCUUCGCUUGUCUAGAUCUUUCUCUGAGAGAUAUUGAGAGAGCUUUAUACGUCUAAGAGGAAGAUAAAUGAAGGGAACUUGCACUCUCGUAGCUUCCGUGCUCGCCGCGUCCACCUUGGCUUUGUCCUCCUCCUCUGCAGUGGACCGUGACGUUGCUUUUUAUCCUUCCUCCAAUGAGGAGGAAACCACUUGCUAUCAGAAAGUAAAGAGGAUGAAGACAAGGGAGGAUCAACAAACACAUUACUUUGAUAGAUUUGAGCAAAAGGAAGCAAAGUUGAGCAACUUGGAGACUUUGAGUAGUUUUCCACCACAUCUCCAAGUUUGGACCAGCAAUCCUCUCGUUCUUCAAGAGGUAAGCAUGGAUCCUCACCUCCCCUUAUGUUUACAGUAAGUUUUAAGAGUUUUUAGAGAGUUUUAUGGGUUAGUUGUUGGUGGAGCUUUGAGUUGAGCAUAUGUUGAGCAUAUGCUAUUUGAUGUUGUUUUAGGGGUUUGAGUUAGUUUAUAGACCCCUAUAU